AUGGAUGGGUUACUCGAAUUGCCAACUGUCCAAAUAGUUUCUGGAGAAUUUUAUGGUUGUGAUUACAGCAUCGCCAUAACAGUGACAAGUGCCCUGGGAAGUAAAGUAGAAGAUGGAGAAGAAGAGGAAAAAGAUGACACCGGAGGUGGCAGAAGAAGGAGGAGGAGGAACAAGGCGAAUUCACCAGGCACUUGGACUGUCCAACUAGGUGAAGAAGAAAGAGGAGAAGAAGUAGAAGUAGAAGAAGCGAGAACAACAACGACAUGUUCCAGCCAAUGGGAGAAGACCUUUCAGAGCCCUCAGAUAUUUACGACACCUGCAGCACCUGCUAUUUUAAGACAAUGCCCAUUGGCAGUGGCAAUUCUGCACAUACCACUACAAAAUCAGCUUCAUGUUUUGGGCAAAGAACUUUUACUAGGAAUCAAGAAGGGGAAGGGAAUUAUGGAAUUUCAAAAUCUGCCUUCUCGGGAGGCAAGAAAUGCUGCAGCAUUACCAGUCACUUGA